AUGUCCAUUCCCGAACCUUACCAGGACGUCCAGCUGCCGCUCCCAGACCCGGAGGCGUACCCCGGCGAGCCGAGGGAGUAUGCUCGCGCUCUCAUGCAGCGCAAAGACGAUAUCGAGAAGGAGAUCGACGCACUCAACGACGUCCUCGCUUCUUACUCUAUCCGACAUGCCCGUGCCGCCCUGGCCCGACUGAGGAAUGACCGCGCUGAGGUUGUACGGCGGCUGGCGUCGGCGCUCGAGGGCGCCUUCUCUUCCGGUGGAGGGCCCUUGGAGUCAUCUACUGAGCCCCUGCCGAACGGAACAUCAAACGGAUCGUCAUCUGCAACCAACGGGCGUAGCAACGGUGCCUCCAGCGCAGCAGGUGCGAACGGCUUCGAACUGCCUGAUACCUGGCCUGAGCGCCCGCUCGCUAAGGUCAACACUGUUGCUGGAGGAAGUCCAGCCGCUGAUGCUGGUCUUCAGCCGGGCGACCUCAUCUACACCUUCGCUGGCAUCCAGGCGCCAACGGCCAUGGCCGCCAUCGGUCCGCUCGUGCAGCGUAGCGAGGGAUUGACUCGCGGGCCCCACUGGUGUGGCCACUUUGCUGCUCCAAAGGAUACUGUCCCCGCCACCGAUGUCGGCACGUCAAGUACCGUGAGCUUCCAGACGAUUGUGAGAGCUGACCACCAGCCAAAGACUAAGAAUGCGAGAGCUUGGUGGGCUUUGGCAGGAGCCGAUGUUCAGAACGACAACCUGCAAAUCAGCUCGUUGGACGUUACCGCAGCUGACCUGCAGCCUCUCACCUACUGUCGCACACGAAUGAUCAUACAGUCGCUUCCAUCAGCUGUCAUCAGGAUUUCCGAUGAGAUGGAAGGCCGGGUGAGCUUGACCGAUUCUCCUCAAGCUGACGCCCAGAUCACGCUGCACGCUAGUGGUCUGACUCAUGCCCCUGUUCUCCCACAGCGUGAGCUUCUUGCCGGCAAUCCUAGCUGA